AUGCACGGAUCUACCUGCCCCAAAUGCGGUGCCGCCUCUGACGGUUCUUCCAAGUCCUGCGGUUCUUGCGGUGCUUCUUGCCCCAACUAA